GCGCCGCAUCACUGAGCGGUGUUCAGCACGGACAGCCAGCACCGCACGACCCAGCGCAGAGCUUACCUGGCCCCGCCGAGAUCCUAUUUAUAUUUUCCACCUAAUCGGGCUGAAGAAGUGCGGACCGACGGAGAGCCCUGACGUCACCAUGCCAGGUAGAGAGUGAAGGGAGGUCUAGGUCGUGAGGAGGAGGGGGAGUAACACUGCGGGUGAGCUUGAGGGGUGGCCUCUCCAUCCCGGUGAACACCUUUUGGGGCUCGGAGCGCGCUCGGACGCACGUAUGAUGAUGGACGGCUGGCCGCCGCUGCUGCUGCUGGCUCUCCUCGCCAUUGCGGGAGGCGGCCUCGGGGCAGACACAGAGGAGCGGCUGGUGGAGCAUCUCCUAAACCCAGCCCACUACAACAAACUGAUCCGUCCUGCGACUAAUGGCUCCGAGCUGGUUACUGUGCAGCUGAUGGUGUCGUUGGCCCAACUCAUCAGUGUGCAUGAAAGAGAGCAGGUGAUGACCACUAACGUCUGGCUAACACAGGAGUGGCAGGACUAUCGUCUGACUUGGGUCCCUGAGGAGUUUGAUGGAAUGAUGAAGGUCAGGCUGCCCUCAAAACACAUCUGGCUGCCUGACGUGGUGCUCUACAACAAUGCCGAUGGGGUGUACGAGGUGUCGUUCUACUCUAAUGCGGUGGUCUCCUACGAUGGCAGCAUCUUCUGGUUGCCACCGGCCAUCUACAAGUCAGCCUGUAAGAUCGAGGUCAAGCACUUCCCCUUUGACCAGCAGAACUGCACGCUGCGCUUCCGCUCCUGGACCUACGACCGCACCGAGAUCGAUCUGGUGCUCCGUGCGGACGUGGCCAGUAUGGAUGACUUCACGCCCAGCGGGGAGUGGGACAUCAUCGCCCUGCCAGGCAGACGAAACGAGAACCCAGCUGACCCCACCUACGUGGACAUAACGUAUGACUUUAUCAUCCGCAGGAAGCCUCUUUUCUACACCAUCAAUCUUAUCAUCCCGUGUGUUCUCAUCACCUCGCUGGCCAUCCUGGUCUUCUACCUGCCCUCAGACUGCGGAGAGAAGAUGACGCUCUGCAUCUCAGUGCUCCUGGCCCUCACUGUGUUCCUGCUGCUGAUCUCCAAGAUUGUACCACCCACUUCACUGGACGUCCCUCUGGUGGGGAAGUACCUGAUGUUCACUAUGGUCCUAGUCACCUUCUCUAUCGUCACCAGUGUGUGUGUGCUCAACGUGCACCACCGCUCGCCCACCACACACACUAUGCCCCCUUGGGUUAAACUGGUGUUCCUCAACAAGCUCCCUGCCCUGCUCUUUAUGCGCCAGCCUAGGAACAGCUGCGAGCGCCAGCGGCUGCGCCAAAGAAGGAGGGCCCAGGAGCAGAAAGAGGGUGGGCGCAGCGGGGAAGCAGGGGCCUUGAUGGUGGGUCUCGGGCUGGGUGGCGCUGGCGGGAACGGAGGGGGAACCUCCACAGGGGUUUUCGGCAAAGAGGACAGUGACCCUUGUACCUGCUAUGUGAACCGAGCAUCUGUUAAACAGUUUGGAGGGGAUCUGGGAGGUGCAGGAGGUGGAUCCAUGGAUGGUCUGAACAGGGUGAGGGAGGGCCGGGAAGGGGGCUCAGGAAACCUGCCAAGGGGGCAGCAAGCAGCAGGAGGUCCUGCUCUGACUCAGGCUCUGCUGGCUCAAGCCUGUCCGGGCUUCGAGGAGGCUGUGGAAGGAGUACGCUUCAUCGCCAACCACAUGAAGAGUGAGGAUGACGAUCAAAGCGUGAGCGAGGACUGGAAGUAUGUUGCCAUGGUGAUCGACCGCCUCUUCCUGUGGAUCUUUGUGUUUGUGUGCGUGUUCGGCACGAUGGGCAUGUUCCUGCAGCCGCUCUUUCAGAAUUACACAGCCAAGACCAUCACCAGCUCGCCAGGCUGACCGUCCCCUCCCCCGGCCACGAACACGCUGACAGACAGCUCCCCCUCGACCAAACAGCACAGCAGGACAAGAGCCAGAGUUUGGGGGGGGGGGGGCGGGUCUGGGUUUUAUUGUGUCUAUGGAACUGGAACCAGAACUGGAACUGAUCAGCAAUCACACCCAUUACCUUUCUAGUAACGUUUUUUGCAACGAACAACUGUUUUUCUUGUAUGAAGAAAAAGGAAAACACCAUCAUACUCUUACCUGCGUUUUUUUGUCCAGAUAUUUAAAGGACUGACCUCCCCUUUCUGGUGGAAACGACCCUCCCUGUUCUCCUCUUCAGCCAGUCAGGGAACGAGGAUGCUAUGAUUUACUCCUUGUCGAACCUUACGCCAGCCAAUCGACUCCUCUCCGCCUGCCGCUGACUGCUUAAUUGACACAUGACAUGCCCGCCUUCAACUAUGACAUUACUCAUUCACAAUAUUGACUGAUGUCAGUCAGAGGUAAUCAGAAAGGGAAGGGAGGUUCAUGUCAAGGUUCUUAUACAUUCAUUUUAGUUUUUUUCAGAAAACCACCACAUCAGUGAACUGAUUCAGUAUAUUUUAUCAUAGCAUAGCAGCUUACCACAGUAUAGCAUUGAGUAUAUAUUAUUAAGAUUUCUCUGUGUUAGCUCAUGCAAGGGUCUGUUGCUGAUAGAGAGGCUACGAUGUGUUGUAUGAUUGUCUAGAUUUAACAAGAAUGUGAUAUAAACUGUACUACACAGCCUGUGACGCGCACACUAACACAAUAUGUGUACAAGCAACAGAUUGUGAAGGAAAAUACAUAGAGGGUAUACUUAUAGUAAAGAAAGAGCCAGGACGCAUUGUUAGAUGAAAGUCAAAGGGGGAAAGUAAUAGAUUAUGCAUGGACAGUUUUUUGCUUUGAGAGUCUCGCACAGUAGGUAGAGAACAGCAGCAGCCUGCUGUGCCACAGAGCACAGCUGCAGUGAGAUGAGCUGAGCUCCUGAGAAAAUGAGGAAUCUGAGCCAAGAUGGUGGAUAGGACUUCCUGUUUGAUGGUCAGUGGAAUAUGAUUCCUCCAAGGCAGAGUAUUCAGAGAUCAGUGUUGGAAAAAGUUACAUGUAAAUCGAAAUAUAUUGGUGGAAGAAUGGGGAUUUUAACAUGGAAAUGAAGCUAUUAUGUGUAUUGAUAUGUAAUUUCACAACUGCUUAUUUUCUGUCAUUGCUGUGAUUAUCAGAUCAGAGUAAGACAGUGUCUCACCUCCUUUCCUCUCCUCUCCUCUCCUCUCCCCUCCUCUCCAGCGUACCUAUUUCUGCAGUGGAUUCUGUUCAUGUAUGUAAUGUUAAGAGCAUAUGUAUACAUGUGAGCGUGCCCCAUACCCUAAUCCAUUAUCACAUCUGUCAGAUACAAUGUUCAGGAGAGCAUACUCUGUGUGUGUGUGUGUGUGUGUGUGUGUGUGUGUGUGUGUGUGUGUCCCACCCCCCUUUCUAUUAAUCUCUGCCAACAUCUCUCUAGUCUUCUCCCUCUUAUCUGGUCUUCCAUGGACAAACACAUUUCUGACAAUUAGUGCAACUAGAAUAAUGAUAUCCUACAUUCUCCAAACACCUAUUCAUUAGGUCAGUUUUCCUUUUUAUCAUGGAAUGGCUGAUUUGUCUUAUUUCCACAAUCUUCCCAGGUUCCCUGACAACUGAUCGAGAUGCAAAAGGCCCUUUUCAGGGGCACAGAGAAAUACAUUUUCAAUAAACAAGAGAGACAUGACAACAUGGCCAACACUGAAGCGGCCAUAUCAGGCAAUAAUAACUUACAGAUGCAAAAUCAUAAGCAGAAAUCAUGAAGAAAAGGGCAAUACAUGAUGCUAAAUAGUAUAAAUGUGUCUGACUUUAUAAUGACGCAGCAGUUGAGGUUUAACAUACUGAAAAAAAAAGGAUAAUCAGACCACCACGAGAGGAAGCACAAUCCAGAGAGUAAGGAGGAAUAGAGCAGGAUAGGCAGAGACAGAGGACUGUUAGUGUUGUUACCGCGUAGGAAAGCCACCAGAAAUCUCUGAAAAACUCCUGUCUAAUCCUCGGUCACUGUCACUCGCUGUGAGUUUCCCCGGCUUUUUACAGUCAAGUGGCCAAGUCUGCAGCUCAGCUCAGUACCGGACUAGGAGCUGUGUGUGGGUCUCUCUCUCUCUGUCUCUCUCUGUCUUUCUGUCUCUGGAGGACGGGAUUACCCAGGUGGGAUCCCCAGCAGAUCCCGAACAAGUGUGAACAAGGUGCUGCUGUCCACCCUCUUCUCCCUCUCUCUCUCUCUCUCUCUCUGACCUUUCCACUCUCCUUCCCCUCUUCUCACUUCCUCUCUCAUUAUCCUCCCAUGUCUCUCACCUUCUCCUUCCUGACUCUCAAAUCUGCUCCUGUGCACACCUUAACCAGUCCAAUAAAGGUUGUAGGUUCAGAUUAAUCAAA